UUGAUGCAUGUUGUUAUAGCCAAAUUUGGCUAGGUCCUUGUUGGGCCGGAUAUGUACUUAGUAACACAUGAAUUGGGCUAAGAGUCCUAUAUGAGGUAUCGGGACGCGUCCUCCGAGUUACAAAGGAAUGACGCGACCGACCCUUGAAGAGACUAGUCUGAACGAAAGGGCGCAGCCCUCCGUGACGUGACUGAUCCGCCGAUGUUGCGUAUCUUAAUGAAGAGGACGCGUCCUCCGCAUCGGAAGGAGGGAUGCGUCCUCCAGGUCACACGUGUCCCAUGAAGAGGACGCGUCCUCCUGCUUAUAAAGGGAGGAUGCGAUCGACCCUUGGUGUUGCGUGAAGAGGAGGCGUCCUCCUGCUUAUAAAGGGAGGAUGCGACCGACCAUUGGUGUUGCGUGAAGAGGACGCGUCCUCCGAGUCACAAGGAGGGACGCCUUACUUGAGAGUGUUGAUGGAGAGACGCGACCGACCUCCGUCCACCCACGUCGUGUAAUCUAUGGAGGAGGGCGCGCCCUCUUCGGAGGUGACCGAGGGGGCGCGUCCCUUGUAAGAAGUUGACCAUGAGAUGAAGACCAAGGGCGUGCCUUUAACGGGGUGUCCUCGCCUACCCGGGGGCGCGACCUCAUGUUAAAGAAGGACCUGUCUGAUGUGUUGUUGGAGUGGUCGAUGGGACGAGACGGCGAAGGCAAGGGCGCGCCCUCAGGGGUCGCUCCCACAUGUAAACAUAUAUUGUGAGAAGGCUCUUCCUAUGGGAGAGCGUACAUUCGCUGAGACAACCCUUCCGAGGGAGACGAAGACCGCCCCUCCGGGGAUAGGAAGACCUACCCCUCCGGGGGAUAUGACGACCCCUCCGGGGGAUACGACGACUCUUCCGAGGUGUUGUAGCCGUUUUUGUACACCAUGUAGAGGGGAGGACGCGCCCUCCUCCGGACAUAACCCGGGGAGUGCGGUCUCUUGUCCAGUAAACAGGGAUGAAGACGGGAAUUGGGAAGGACACGUCCUCCCUAUCAGGGCGCGUCCUUUGACUCAAACGAGGCAUAGUUAUGAAAUACAUGAUGAGAGAGAGAGGAUGAGUGAGUCUCCGUGACGACCCUUCCGAGGGAUAUGAAGACUAGUUACCAAGCUCAUUUGGUAGUUACCAAGCUCAUUUGGUAGUUAUCAGGCUCAUCUGAUAGUUCCCGGGCUCAUCCGGGCAUGAUCUACAAUCCUCAAUCCUGCUAUCUGCCGAGUUAACCCUCGUGUGGGGGCUUGAGGUGAUCAUGGCUCUUGAAGGCCCUCCGGGGUAACACGAAGGCCGAUCAUAUGUCUGGAUCCUGUAUUCUGGUGAGUUAGCCCUCAUCGGGGGAUUGAGACGAUCGUGUAAUUCGGCUCCUUGUCUACCUUGUUUGAAGAUGAAGACCUCACCGAGAGGUGAGGACGUGUCCCUGCACCUCGAGGGGUUAGUCAUGGCUCCCCCAGAUAACUUCUCCAUAAGAGUCGUGGUAGAUGCUAUCUCUCGUACUGGAGAUAUCGUUGAAUCCGUGAUCUAUUUGGAUUAGGAGUCUGAGGUAGUCAUACUCAAGACUAAUUCUAACAGGAGUAGGAUUCUCCAAGAUGGGCCUUCGGCCUAUCUCCGACCUUAUCGCCAAGAGGCCUAGUCCUGAUCAAACUAGGACUCCUGGUUCCAUAGAACUACGUACGGCUUGAUCCCCUAUAAAUAUAGGGGUACGUAGGCACAUUGGGGGAUCAUGAGUUGAGAGCACGUGAGACCAACUCAAAACCCUAAUCUCAGCCACCCCCUAAAACAAAUAACCACCACUCUCCGGCGACCAAAACCACCGUCACGGAUCUUGAUUCCGGCCGUGAACCUCAUCUUUGUUGAUUACCAAAUUCCUCUAUCAACAAAUUGGCGCUAGAAGGAGGGGCUAUUCAAGAUCUUCAUCUUAGGAGGAAGAGAUGUCACAUGACGGAGAUUCGCACGUAGAGGCGGAGCAUUUUCCGGGAGGGCGAUGGCUAGAACACAAGAGAAGAGGAGACCUUCAUCUACUUCUCCAGAAAAGGACGAUAUCUCCAUCGGGAGUUUGAAGGAGGACGAUCAUCAACGAAAUUCUAGGAGGUAACCUAAUAUGCGAACAAGGUAUUCUGGACCGGGGAGUCAGCGAAGGAUGCGAUUUUCGGAGACCUAACACCUACGAAGAGAGUACACCUCCCCCGGACAGAGUACACCUCCCCCGGACAAGGUAUACCUCCCCCGGACAGAGUACACCUCCCCCCGGACAGGGUACACCUCCAAAUGAUGUGGUGCUCGACUACCACCGUGAGGAAUGAAUUCCCUGACAUCUCCGAAGAAGGCGCACCUCCGGGUAAGAUUCUCACAAUGCUUUCGCAUGUUAUUGCUAACAAGUCUGUUGUGGUUUGAGUCUUUACGAGAAGGAGAUCGCCUCCCUGGAAGCCUCAACGGUUUUCUGAAGGGGCGCGCCCUCCCCAGAGCAAGUAAUUUGAGGUUCACGAGAGGCACGUGUUGAAGACCUGACCGCAGAUAAUGAUAUGAAAGGGAAAGUUACGAGCGGAGAGUUAUUCAAAUGGAGCGAAGCUUGAAAAGUUUCAAAGAGCGCGCCUCCCCCUAACAGGGCGCGCCUCCAGGUAAACUCUACUCUAAACCUCCUCGUUACUGCAUUCUCUAGAAGUAUGGCACGUUGAAAACUACAGGUAACGUGGUGUUCGACCACCACCAUGAGGGAUGCACCUUUUAACAUUUUCGAAGAAGUCGCGCCUUCCCUUGCCAGGGCGCGCCUCUAGGGAAAGUUACGGGGGGCGAGCUAUUCAGAUGGAACCUAGCUCGAAAAGUCGUAAGGGUGCGCGCCUUCCCCUGACCGGGCGCGCCCUCAGGUAAAUACUAAACUCCCUCAAUAUUUGGUUCCCUAAGACUACUACAUGUAUAAAUUCACAGGUAAUAUGGUGUUACCUUUAUGAGGAAUACACCUCUUCUCCGUGAGGAGUAGUCGCACUUUCCUCCAACAAGACGCGCCCUCCUAAAGGGGUACGCCAUAUCCAACCAGUAUUCUAUCAAAGAACGAAUUGCACGCCUCCCUCUGAAAGGGCGCGCCCUCUGGUAUGUCUGAUGCAUUAAUUGCUUCAUAUGAUAUUUUGUGAAGACAAACAUACUCAGGAAGGAGCUCACUAGUCUUGAAGAGGUCACGUCCCUCCCUAGGGAGCGCCCUCUCGGAAGUACUCAUCACUUGAGGAAGCGCAUGAGGGCGCGCCCCCAGGAUAAUAAGGUUGAGAAGGGAGAUGCUUCAAAGACGCGCCUCCUCCUAGUUGGACGCACCCCGAGUUCCAAAGUCAUGUUUCCAGGGUUGAUAAUUUGGGAGGACGCGCCUUCCCCUAACAGGGCACGUCAUGAGGUAACACUGACCAUCAGUAUUAAGUCAUAUACAUGAUAAAGCGCAGGGCAAGUCCAACAUGCUAAAGGAGCUGUCCAUCUUGAUGAGGGCGCGCCCUCCGUUCUACAGGAACGUAGCAUGAUACCUGCGAGGUCUUUGAUCAUGAUACACUUAAGGCCUUUCAGAGGUUACCUAAUUAUCCAUGAUACGCUCUGGAUACUAGCGCAUCCAUGAUACGCUCUGGAUGUCAUCCACGAUCUACUCUGGAUGCUAUAAUUAUUUACAUAUCCAUGAUACGCUCUGGAUACUGUAGUUGCGCAUCCAUGAUACACUCUGGAUCUUACAUAUCCAUGAUAUGCUCUGGAUAACAUUUUAUACUAUUAAUUCCCCAUUGAGCUAUGAGCUCUGGGACCUGUGCGAUGCACCGGAGUUAUGUAAACCACGAUAAGAUUCGUGAUGCCCCAUAUGGGAAGAUGUAUGGACUGGGGAGUGGUCCUCUUGAUUUUCUUAAGCAAGUGAUUCACGCGUGAAAAAGUAAGGUUGCGCCAAAGGCCGCGCCCUCUACUUAAUCCUUGGAAAAGAUCAAAAGAGCCCAUAUUACAAGUAAGGCUGCGCCCUCUGCUUAUAUAGUCCUUGAAAGAAAAGAAAUAUUGCAAGGCAGUGCCAUCAGCCGCGCCCUCUGCUUAGGCAAUUCUUUAAAAAGAUAAAAAAAGGGGUCAUGUUAUAACAAGGUGGCGCCAUUCCGUAAGUCGCGCCUUAUACUAUUCCUAGGUACCAUGGACACAGUAAGGCUGAAAAAUAGCCAUAAACCUUCGCACAGCGAAGGCGCGCCCUUCUUUUGUUGAAGUUCAUUAGCGCGAAUGUUAUGGUUAAAUGUGCCCUUUGGAAGGAAUAAGCGAAGAUGCGCCACUGUCAACGACAGAUAGGCCGCGCCCCCUGUUUCCUUUUAUCUACACAAAGGUUCCUCAUUACUUAUGAACACAUCAUAAAGAUGCGCUAGCCUCAUGCUUAUCCACUUUGCAAAAUGAGCAAAGACAUCGACAUUGUAUACAUGCAAGGCUUGUGCACAACCUACAUCUUGGAAUAUCGAGGAAUAGAAGUGGCUUACGUCGCGCCUCUAUGCACGGACGCGCUCUCGGAAGAGGAUGUGUGGUAUGGAGUAAAAAUUUCCCUGAUAUCUCCAAUAUCAAGAAAACUUGGGGAGUACUUGUUAUAGCCAAAUUUGGCUAGGUCCUUGUUGGGCCGGAUAUGUACUUAGUAACACAUGAAUUGGGCUAAGAGUCCUAUAUGAGGUAUCGGGACGCGUCCUCCGAGUUACAAAGGAAUGACGCGACCGACCCUUGAAGAGACUAGUCUGAACGAAAGGGCGCAGCCCUCCGUGACGUGACUGAUCCGCCGAUGUUGCGUAUCUUAAUGAAGAGGACGCGUCCUCCGCAUCGGAAGGAGGGAUGCGUCCUCCAGGUCACACGUGUCCCAUGAAGAGGACGCGUCCUCCUGCUUAUAAAGGGAGGAUGCGAUCGACCCUUGGUGUUGCGUGAAGAGGAGGCGUCCUCCUGCUUAUAAAGGGAGGAUGCGACCGACCAUUGGUGUUGCGUGAAGAGGACGCGUCCUCCGAGUCACAAGGAGGGACGCCUUACUUGAGAGUGUUGAUGGAGAGACGCGACCGACCUCCGUCCACCCACGUCGUGUAAUCUAUGGAGGAGGGCGCGCCCUCUUCGGAGGUGACCGAGGGGGCGCGUCCCUUGUAAGAAGUUGACCAUGAGAUGAAGACCAAGGGCGUGCCUUUAACGGGGUGUCCUCGCCUACCCGGGGGCGCGACCUCAUGUUAAAGAAGGACCUGUCUGAUGUGUUGUUGGAGUGGUCGAUGGGACGAGACGGCGAAGGCAAGGGCGCGCCCUCAGGGGUCGCUCCCACAUGUAAACAUAUAUUGUGAGAAGGCUCUUCCUAUGGGAGAGCGUACAUUCGCUGAGACAACCCUUCCGAGGGAGACGAAGACCGCCCCUCCGGGGAUAGGAAGACCUACCCCUCCGGGGGAUAUGACGACCCCUCCGGGGGAUACGACGACUCUUCCGAGGUGUUGUAGCCGUUUUUGUACACCAUGUAGAGGGGAGGACGCGCCCUCCUCCGGACAUAACCCGGGGAGUGCGGUCUCUUGUCCAGUAAACAGGGAUGAAGACGGGAAUUGGGAAGGACACGUCCUCCCUAUCAGGGCGCGUCCUUUGACUCAAACGAGGCAUAGUUAUGAAAUACAUGAUGAGAGAGAGAGGAUGAGUGAGUCUCCGUGACGACCCUUCCGAGGGAUAUGAAGACUAGUUACCAAGCUCAUUUGGUAGUUACCAAGCUCAUUUGGUAGUUAUCAGGCUCAUCUGAUAGUUCCCGGGCUCAUCCGGGCAUGAUCUACAAUCCUCAAUCCUGCUAUCUGCCGAGUUAACCCUCGUGUGGGGGCUUGAGGUGAUCAUGGCUCUUGAAGGCCCUCCGGGGUAACACGAAGGCCGAUCAUAUGUCUGGAUCCUGUAUUCUGGUGAGUUAGCCCUCAUCGGGGGAUUGAGACGAUCGUGUAAUUCGGCUCCUUGUCUACCUUGUUUGAAGAUGAAGACCUCACCGAGAGGUGAGGACGUGUCCCUGCACCUCGAGGGGUUAGUCAUGGCUCCCCCAGAUAACUUCUCCAUAAGAGUCGUGGUAGAUGCUAUCUCUCGUACUGGAGAUAUCGUUGAAUCCGUGAUCUAUUUGGAUUAGGAGUCUGAGGUAGUCAUACUCAAGACUAAUUCUAACAGGAGUAGGAUUCUCCAAGAUGGGCCUUCGGCCUAUCUCCGACCUUAUCGCCAAGAGGCCUAGUCCUGAUCAAACUAGGACUCCUGGUUCCAUAGAACUACGUACGGCUUGAUCCCCUAUAAAUAUAGGGGUACGUAGGCACAUUGGGGGAUCAUGAGUUGAGAGCACGUGAGACCAACUCAAAACCCUAAUCUCAGCCACCCCCUAAAACAAAUAACCACCACUCUCCGGCGACCAAAACCACCGUCACGGAUCUUGAUUCCGGCCGUGAACCUCAUCUUUGUUGAUUACCAAAUUCCUCUAUCAACACAUGUCAUACAGUAGAUGCUAUAUUUUGCCAAAUUAUGACAAUGUUUCUGUUGAAAUAUAUUAUAAGAUCCAUUUGACAUUCUUUUAACGCCUUAAGGUUUUAGAGGACCGGUUUCCAACAUGGUAUCAGAGUUCUGGUUUGGAGUGAGUGGGAAUGUUGAAAUAUAUUACAAGAUCGAUUUGAGACGUUCAUCUAACACCUUAACUUUCUAGAUGGACCGGUUCUCAACAGUUUUUUAAUUGCAUUAUGCCAAAACCGCAAUUAGUAGUACUUCAACUCUUCAAGCACUGAAACUAAAUUAUUUUGUUCAAUUCCCAACAUUGCAGUUUAUGCCAUGGCUGCAACUUUUAGUCAUGCAAGACUUCUGCUUCUCCUUGUGUUUACAAGCUCAGUCUGCUACUCAGAAUUAACAUCACCGCAAGCCCAAACUCUUCGUAUAAUUCAGAGCCUUCUAAGUUAUCCAAGUGUACUAAGAAGCUGGAACGACGACACAGAUUUUUGCAAUACUGAACCCACUUCAUCAGUCACUGUUGUAUGCUAUGAAGAUAGCAUCACACAGCUGCACAUUAUUGGGGAAAGGGGUGCUCCUCCAUUGCCUCGGAACUUUUCUACAGAAUCCUUUUUUGCUACACUUGUUAGGCUUCCUAGCUUAAAGGUCCUCACUCUGGUUUCCAUUGGCUUACGAGGUCAGUUGCCUGGCACAAUUGCACAACUAGAGAUGCUUGAAAUAUUAAAUAUUAGUUCAAAUUUCUUCCGUGGAGCGAUUCCUGGAGAGCUUUCAAAUUUAAGAAACCUUCAAACACUUAUACUUGAUAAAAAUAUGUUUCACAGUAGGCUUCCAAAUGAGCUCGGCUUGUUGUCCCUUUUGGCUGUUUUAAGUGUGAGGAGAAAUAGGCUUAAUUCAUCUCUUCCAGACUCUUUAGGUCAUUUAGAAAACCUUAGAGUUCUUGAUUUGUCUCAUAACAAGUUAAUUGGUGAAGUGCCUGAUAUAAGCCUCUUGAGGCACUUGCAAUUCCUUGAUUUGGAAGAUAAUCUUCUUGGACCUCAGUUUCCGAAAAUUGAAAGCAAAAACUUAGUUACCCUUAUACUAAAGAAGAACAAGUUUCACUCUGGCAUUCCAGAAAAGGUGCAUUCCUUCAAUCAUCUUCAGCGGCUAGAUAUAGCGUUCAACAGAUUUGUUGGACCAUUUCCGUCUUCUUUGCUCUCUCUGCCAUCGAUCACUUAUCUCAAUAUUAAAGGAAAUAAGUUCACUGGAAUGCUUUCAGAAAACAUGUCUUGCAGUCCUCAACUUCAACUGGUGGAUUUAUCUGGAAAUUUUUUGACCGGAAGAUUGCCUAGCUGUCUUCAUUAUGACCCCCGAGUCAGGGUUGUGUCUUAUGCUAGAAAUUGUUUAGUUGGUGAGGAUAAAAGCCAGCAUCCAGUGUCCUUUUGUCGAAAUGAAGCUCUGGCUGUAGGAAUAAUACCACAUCGUAACAAGUCAAAACAAGCAUCCAUUCAUGUACUUGCCAUAAGCAUAUCUGCAGGGAUUGUUGGAGUAAUUGUACUGGUUGCUGUAGUCUUCUUGACGAUGAGAAGAUUACAUACAAAAAGGAUGGUAAAAUCAACUCAGACAAGAUUACCACGAGAGAAUGUAUCAACAGGCUACACCUUAAAAAUGCUUCAAGAUGCAAGGAGCAUAACUCAAGCCAUGAAGCUAGGAGCACUUGGUGCUCCAGCUUACCGAGCCUUUUCACUGAAAGACAUUGAGGAUGCAACUAAUAAUUUUGAUACAUCAACUUUUGUCGAUGAAGGAUCUUACAGUCAGAUGUAUAUAGGGAAGCUGAAGGAUGGUUCCCAGAUUGCUAUUAGGUGCCUUAAUAUAAAAAAAGCCCACAAGAAUCAUAGCUUUAUGAACCAUAUAGAAAUUAUCUCAAAACUAAGGCAUCAACAUUUGAUCAGUGCUCUGGGGCACUGCUUUGAUUAUUGCUUGGAUGACUCGAGUCUCAGCAGAAUAUUUCUUGUAUUCGAAUAUGAGCAAAAUGGGACGCUAAGAGACUGGAUAUCUGAGAGGAAGUAUAAGAAAAUCUUAGCUUGGUCCCAACGGGUAGCAGCUGCUGUCGGGAUUGCUAAGGGCAUCCAAUUUCUUCACACAGGGAUUGUUCCAGGCUCAUCUGCACUAAAAUUGAAAACAACAGAUAUUCUACUGGACCUCAACUUUGUAGCGAAGAUCAGCAGCCACAAUCUGCCUUUGUUAACAGAAUAUACAGGGAAGGCUGGUAGUCAGUUUCCUUCUACUGGAUCCAGAGACCCAGAGAAAUGUGAUAUUUAUGACCUUGGAGUCAUAAUACUAGAGAUCAUGGUGGGGAAACAUACCGAUGACCACGAUGAAGUAUAUAAUGCAAGACUUCAGUUAGAAGCAAGCACGGUAUCUGAUCCUGCAGCUCGGAAGAGCAUAGUGGAUCCAAAAAUUCAAGAUUCAUAUUCCGAUGAAUCUUUAAAGACAGUAAUGCAGAUAUGCAGUAGGUGCUUACUGGAGGAUCCGGAUAACAGACCUUCCAUCGAGGAUGUGCUGUGGAGUCUACAGUUUGCAGCUCAAGUUCAGGACUUCCCUGAGAGCACUGAAGGAUCCCCAACCUCUUAAACUCCACCUCCACACAGAUAAACAACUGUUUACUAGUUGCAAUUUCUACUGCAUAUGGUAGAAACUUCAUACCAUAUAGGCAAAAUUUUAUAAGGCGCUUCUCACUUGGAUUAACAAGUUAAGAACCCUAUAACUGCAUCUUGCGCCUACCUGUUUGAAUCUAUCUUGUAAGUUACACAUAACAUGUUUUACUUAAGCUUUUUCUUUAUGGCUAA